AUGAUUUCAGGUUAUUUAGGAAAUACAUUAAUUGGAUAAUGUUAAUAUUAAGACAUACUAAACUAAGAAUUUUAUUUAAAAUAAUAAGGUUAGUAAUCUUUAGAAAGAUCUAAAUUAUAAUUUGGAGUCCCAGAUCCAAUUUAAUUUAUAACUGUUAAAUGUAAUCCUCCGUAAUUUAAAGGAAAUGAAAUGUAAACUAAUGUAUUUAAAGAAUUUGAUGUUGAUUUUGGAAAGGCUAUUGAUAAAGUUUAAAUUCCUUAAGCAAACGAAAUAGAUGAUAUAUGUUAAAAAUCAAAAAAAUUAAGAGAUUAAUAUAAUCCUAAUUAAGAUGAAAUUGAUAAGAAAAUUGUUAUGAAAAUGGCUUAAAGUAUAUAUUAGUGA